GGGCGUGUCACGCGGAUGGCGGAAGGGCAGCAGGUGCAACACCGAACCGAGAGCAGCGUUUUCACAACAACCGUGAUCAACGCCGAGCAGCGGGGGAAGCUACCGAGGCUGCAGAAGACAGGCCUCUGAUAGAGGAACACGACCGGUCAUCUUGUAGUUUGUCGGAGAGUCUGGAGGCCCGUCGACAUGACUCUGAACCAGAACAACUCGGAGUCCGGCGGAGUCAUCAUCAACAACAGCGAGAGUGUGUUGAUGAACUAUGACAACGUGGAGCUGGUUUUCUGUGAUGCGGACAGUCUGCCUGAAGCCUUCAGAAAGAGCAAGAAGGGCAGCAUCUACCUAACUCCAUACAGGGUGAUCUUUCUGGCUAAAGGGCGAGAUGCGCUGCAGUCCUUCAUGAUGCCCUUCUACCUAAUAAAGGGCUGUGAGAUCAAACAACCUGUGUUGGGAGCCAAUUACAUCAAGGGUACCGUCAACUCAGAGCCUGGAGGUGGCUGGGAGGGCACCGCUACGUUCAAGCUCAUCUUCGCCGCUGGAGGAGCUAUAGAGUUUGGCCAGUACAUGCUGCAGGUCGCAGCUCAGGCAUCAAGAGGUCAGCCAGUGACUGCUGGGUUUGGUGGCUGCCCCUACAUGGCCAACGGGGCCUAUGCUUACCCUCCUCCCCCUGCUAACGGGAUGUACCCUGCCGGACCUCCGCCCGGCUACUCCUACCCCAACCCUCCUCCACCAGGUGCAUUCUACCCCAACCCUCCAGCGUUUGAUGCCUCUGCGUCCUACAUACCUCCGCCUCCUUAUUCUGCUCCUCUAGGCCAGCAGCCCCCACAUGACCCAGACCUCCCCUCCUCAGCAGCAGCGGAGGCAAAAGCCGCCGAGGCAGCAGCGAGCGCCAGCUGUGCCACGCUGCCUCCUACACAUGUGUACCUGCCACAGGACAAACCUCCUCCCUACUCCCCUCCAGAGGACAAGAAGAACCAGUAGACCUGCUUGAUCUCAUCCUUCUCCGUCUCCUGUCGUCUCCAUCCUACUGGAUCACCUCGUUUCUCAUUCCAUUAACUGGACAUCAGGAAGUUUUCCUUUUUAACAUGUUCCCUUUCUUUCUCAUCUUCCUAGUCCCCUUCCAUCUCAUUCCAUCGCAUUCCCACCUCAGCCUGUACCUUUUACAUUCCUUUAAACGAUUCCUUGCGUUGUAAUCGGUUUCAUUCUCUUCAGAAGCUCCUUUACUUAAUGGAAAUUAGAAGUAUUGGUAGCAAUCUUUGAGAGAAACUAGAUUGUCCUGGCCAAAGCUGUCAGGAUUCGGGGGCUUUUUUUCAACGUGGUCGACAGAAACUUUGUAACCCGACCAGCUGUUUUAGCAUUCAUUGCCUUGCAGAUGUCCCGAGAGUCAUGCCGCCACCCUAAACUUUAGAUUCAGCCGUGUUGUGACACUCGCUUAUAAUUUUCUAUGACUAAACUAGACUGAAUCUAAUGGUGUUAAUUGCUUCGCUAAUCUAUUCCGAGGCCAGCUGAAUGCAGUGUUUUAUUUUUCUAUUAUUUGUGUGUACAGGCUUUUAAUAUGUAGACUUUUAAAAAAAAAAAUGAGAUAUUUUCUCAAGAACACUAACCUAGAGGAGAAAAAAACUAGCUUUUGUAAAGAGAAGCAGAUUGCAGCGGCGGCCUGGUUCUGUUUUGACAUGUUUUAGCGGACCAUAAAGAUUAGAGCGGCGUCGUUGAGCCCCCGCUGUGAAUCCCUGAUCCUGGAUUAGAGCGAGGGCGACCAGGGGGGCCUGGAGGGACGUACUGCCAGGAGGGAUUAUCUUUAUAAUGUGCAAGAGCAGAGCAGUCACCCAAUGAUGUCACUUCCUGUUUUGUCAUGCCUCUGAACAUUCGAGAAACAUGGUCGGACUCAACCGCCAGCCUGCUUCACUUUUCAUUCUUCUUUUAAACAUUCUAGAAUACAAAACCAUUCAAAUGUUUUUCUCACCGUUUCUACUUUCUGUGGUCGUGAUCUUUAACUCUCCAGUUUGAGGUCAGUCUUUAAAUCUGAUCUGAGCACCUCAGUAUCUGAGCCUCUACUCUUCCUUCCUCUGUAGUCACUUAUCUAUAUACUGUAUCUGUGGCACAUCCGUGGCUGAUUCUUUGCACUCUCAGAACGCUAUGCAUCGGGCUCCUGUUCGCUCCGUCAUGGCUGUGUGUAUUAUAAUAAUAAUAAUAAUAAUAAUAAAGCUCUGUAUUUAUUUCAAACUAAUUUAUUGAACAAUUCAUGUAAAAUGGCUCAAGUAAGAAAAAAAACAAAGCAUGAUCUCAACUAAUGCAUGUGUGCAUUGGAUUGGAUUUUAUUAAACGGAUCUUGAUUCAUGUGAAACA